AUGUCUAAUAUCAUUAAAGAAGAUCCAAUUCAUUCAAAUGAAUUUAAUCCAAUUGAAGAUAUUUAUGAAUUAAGUUAUAAUUCUAGUAGAACUGUUCAACCAAGUUAUAAUAUUUACAAUAAUAAAAAAUCUGAUUUUCUUUUAACUGGCUUUUUAAAUGUUAAGGAUCAAUAUGAUGGUCGUUUAAUUUACGAUAAUAAAAAAGAUUCUUUUGGAUUAGGAUUUGAUUUUUCAACUGUAAAUCCAUUUGCUUAUGAUAAAAUAACAUUUAGUUAUUUUGGUAUUGGUGGUGAUAGUGGAAUCAAAAAAGAGAUAAUUAAUUUAAAUGCAAAAAAAUUAGGACUAAAUGGACAUGUACCAAUAGUAGAGGAUAUUGUAGGGUCAUUGGAAUCUUUUAAUAAUGUUGGUUUAGAAAAUGCAGGUGUGGUAAAUUUACCACAAGAUUAUAGACAAACCCAUUGUCAAGGAUUAUUGGGUGGUUUAAAUCACUUAAAGCAUAAAAACCAAAACUUAGAAAUAUCAUUUGCCAUUGGUGGUCCAGAAUUUUCGCAACCAUUUCACAAUUUGGUUAAAAACCUUAGUUCUAGAAUAGAGUUUACUCAAGGUGUAUUAGAUGUUUUGAUGAGAUUCCCCAUGUUUAGCUCGGUAGAAAUCGAUUGGAGAGUAAAUGAAAACAAUACCCCAACAACCAAAGAAGAUUGCGAAGCUUUAGUACUUUUGGUUACUGAAUUAAAGAAAGAAUUUAAUGACAAUGGUUUACAUAAUAUUCAAGUUAACCUUGUUGUACCAGGAACCAUUGAAGAUUUAAAAAAAUACAAUUUCAGUAAUCUAAUAAAUGCAGGUGUAGAUAAUUUUUAUGUUCUUACAUUAAAUUAUUUUAAACCACUAUCAAAUGAACAACCAACAAAAAUAUGUCAUGGUUCAAAUCUAUUAUCUCCUCCAACAGUAACAAAGAAUAAAAUCAAUUCAAAAAUUCAACAAAAAAGAAAUAAAAAUAUAAUGGUUAAAAAUUCAAUAGAUUCCACGGUACAUUAUUUACUAGAUUGUGGUGUUCCAUCAAGAAAAAUCAAUAUUGCAUACUCAACAUUUGGAGUGGCUGCAUGUGACACCAAAAUUAAACAAUUUGAUAUUCAUAAACCAUUAAAAGGUAAAUUCAAGCAUCACAAACAAAUUAUAGGUACAUUCGAUCCCAGUAUCAUUUCAUACAAUGAUAUAUUAACCCAUUAUUUAUACAAAGAAGAAAAUGGUUAUCAAUUGUUCAAUGACAGAGACACCAAGUCAGAUUUCCUCUACAACUCUCAAAAUAAAGUAUUUAUUACUUUGGAUACAGCAAAAUCAGUUCGUGAAAAAGCAGAAUAUGUUCGUCAAAAUAGACUUGGGGGUUUAUUCAAUACAAAUUUAGCUUAUGACGCAAGUGGAUUAUUGGUUAAUGCAUCAAAAGAAGGUUUGGGGUUACAAAUAGAAAAAGAAACAAUAGACAUGUCAAUGGUUUAUUUAAAUGGAAAAGAUCAUAUAAAUAUUAAUUAA